UCGGCUUACAGUCAUAAGUCAUCAACCAUGUCCUGUUUAUCUGUUUCCAUGCUAUGUUUCCUCCUUGCUUUGCUAACUCCCGCCAACCUCACUUCAGCCACCCGCAAUAUCGGAUUCAGCCUGCCUCUCGUGUCCAGCCACCACAAGCUCAACCACACAACCGGUGAAAUCGGGGAGCUCUUGCUGCCUGAGGGUGAUGUGAACCCCAUGAACGUACGACCCAAGGUAGCCCCUGCCGGUUGGCCGAUGUUCAGUGUCGUCGUCGGAGUCGGCAGCGGCAGAGGCCAGCACUUUUAUAAGCUCGCGCUGGACUUCGUGGGCAACCUCACAUGGAUCCGGUGUAAGCCUUGCACCCCGGAGGAGCAGCAGGAGGGCCCAAUCUUCGACGCUGCCCUCUCCCCAAAGUAUGCGUUUGUCCACACAACCAGCUUCUACUGCAAGCCCCCCUUUAUUGGCCACCAUGGUGACAAGUGCAGCUUCUCCGCCACCACUUCGCUCGCUGCCGCGCAUGGGUACCUGGCCACCGACUUGUUCACUUUUGGUGACACCAACACCGGUCAUAAGAGGGUGGAGGGACUCUUAUUCGGGUGUGCGCAUAGAGCAGAUGAGUUCUGGAACCACGGCAUUGUCGCUGGUGCCAUGAGCUUGAACAAAAAGUCGACGUCGUUGAAGUACCAGCUUGGCGAGCGCGGGUUCGCCACUUCAAAGUUUUCUUACUGCCUCUUCUACCACGGCCAACACACCACCAAGCAUGGCUUCCUCAGGUUCGGCAACGACGUCCCAAACCACGACCAUGCCCACAGCACGCCAUUGAUGCACUAUUGGAAACCAUUGUACUACAUUGGCUUGGAAGGUGUUAGCCUGAACGAGAAGAUGCUCAUGAGAAUCGACCCAGGUAUGUUCAAGAGGGACUCGGCGAGCAAUCGCGGCGGCACCAUCGUCGAUGUCGGGACACCCGCGACCCGGAUGAUCCGUGCGGCGUAUGACAUCCUGGAGGCCGCGGUCAUCGCAGACCUACACCAUCGCCUCGGGGUGAGCCGUGCCGGAUACCGAGUACAGGGCUCCCGCCUCUGCUUCAUCGUGUCGAUGCAGGGGAUCUACCAGAAGCUCCCAAGCAUCACGCUCCACCUGAAAGAUGGCGCCGAGCUUACGAUCAAGUGGGAUCUGUUGUUUGUGACAAAAAUGCACCACGGAGCCCAACAUGUCUGCUUCCUAAUCUUUCCGGACGAGAAGAUGACGGUUCUUGGCGCCGCGCAGCAGGUGGGCACGCGCUUCACCAUUGACGUCGACAAUAAUCGACUCUACUUUGCUCCGGAGAAUUGCGCGAACGACAGUAGCUAGAUCAAUAUGUCUUUCUUUCUGAUGCACAUGCAUGUCUGGUGCAAGAACUGCAUGCAUGGGGACAAAUAAAUAAUAAUUGAUCAGAACUAUUGGGGUGAUUUUCUCUCGGUGCUGGUUUUGGGCUAGAUGUCAAGAAAAUAUCGUGCACCCUUGUAAAAAUUGAUGCGAUUUGAUUUCAUACUUGCAAGAAUCAGCGAUGAAAAAAA